AUGAACGUCAUGGAAAGUUCCCCCUAUGAACCCUUUGUGAGGGGGUUCGACUAUGUCCGUCUGGCGUCCAUCACGGCAGGCUCUGAAAACGAGGUGACACAGGUGAACCGCUGCCUGGACGCUGCCAAGGCCUGCAACGUGGACGCGAUGUGCCAGCGGCUCCGGACCGAGUACGUCUCCUUCUGCAUCCGGCGGGGGCCCCGGGCGGAUCCCUGCAAUCGCUCCAAGUGCCACAAGGCUUUGCGGAAGUUCUUCGACCGGGUGCCCCCCGAGUACACACACGAGCUCCUCUUCUGCCCCUGUGCCGACACAGCCUGCGCCGAGCGACGCAGGCAGACAAUCGUCCCCACCUGCUCUUACGAGGCCAAGGAGAAGCCAAACUGUUUGACGCCGCUGGACUCCUGCCGAGGAAACUACGUUUGCAGAUCUCGUUAUGCCGAGUUCCAGGUCAACUGCCAGCCGUCUGGGAUCCUAUCUGGGACGGGGUGCCAGAAAGAAAACUACGCAGCUUGCUUACUGGCCUACACCGGCAUCAUAGGCAGCACCAUCACGCCCAACUACAUCGAUAACUCGACCUCCAACAUCGCGCCCUGGUGCACCUGCCACGCCAGCGGGAACCGGCAGCAAGAAUGCGAGCAUUUCCUGCACCUGUUCACCGAGAAUCUCUGUCUCC